AUGAUGUUUGUGUCUUGGUCAGACCAGACCAACAUUCUCAUCUACCGGACAUUUGAGGACUUCAAGAGAUUCCAUAAAGAGCUGAAGAGAAAAUUCCCCAUCGAGAGUGGCUCACUCAAGAGAUCGGACCGGACACUGCCCAGGUUUAAAGAUGCAAAUGCAAAGCAGAGGAGGAGUGGGAAGCCAGACAGGUGCCUGGAGAUGCUGAAACUGCUGGAAACUUACUCCCAGGAGCUGCUGAAAACAGCUGCAAAGAUCUCCCAGGGUGAAGAUGUGAUUCAGUUUUUCAAGGCACAGACCCAAGACUUAGAUCCCUCCUUUCCUAAGAACAGUGUUGUGAUCAUACCAUCAGACAUCGGAGGGGAGAAGAAAGCCCAGUCACAGCAGCAGCAGCCCUCCUGCAUUACGCUGCCUCAGGCCUCCCAGAGCUACCGCUGCCUCGAAACCUUCGAAACCAAAGACACAAAGAACAAGACUUUCAAAGUCACUAAGAAGGAAAUAGUUGAAGUGUUAAUCAAGGACAUGACUGGGUGGUGGCUAGUGGAGAACGCAGACAAGCAGAUAGCCUGGUUCCCAGCCUCCUACCUGGAAGAGAUUGAUGUCCACAAGGACAUCCAGAAUUCCUUCUGCUUAGACAAGGAGGGCAGCCUGUACUUUGUUGUGAGGGCCUAUGAGUCUCAGGAGGCAGAUGAGCUCUCGCUGAACAACGGAACAAUGGUGGAGGUGGUCAGGAAAUCAGAGGAUGGCUGGUGGCUUAUCCGAUACAACAACUGUACUGGCUACCUGCCCUCCAUGUGCCUCCAGCCCUACAAGAACCCCCACCACAAGCUCCAGACCAUCAUGAACUGCGGGCUCCACAUCUCCACCCCAAACCUCUGCUCCUCCCCGAUGGCUCCACAGCCUCUGGGUGAGCACAGGGUCCAGGUUUGCUCUUCCCUUGACUGUGAAGAGGACCUGAGCUCUCUGAGAAGCAGAUCAAGGUCUCUGCCCAGGGCCAGCUCCACCCCAGACUUGGAGUCAGACAGCACAUCCCUGAGCUCGGGCAGCAGCAGGGAGCGGGAUGGACAGCUGAGCUGGCAGCCUGACUUGUCGAGAUCCCUGCCUGAAGUGGAGCAGACCCGGAGCCCUCCCCUGGGCCAUGCCUUGGCCAUGCACAGCACCAAGUCUCCACGCCUCACCCCCAAGGACAGGAAUGAUUCUGGCUUUGUGGAGUCAUCUGCAGCUGAUCUCAGCUCCUCCCUCACUGAGCCAGACGUGGCCACUUGCGUGCCCAAGGUGCCCGCGCGCCCCUCGGCCCAGGAGAUCCUGCAGAGGUGCAGCACAGUGACCAAGCGCGCGCUGCAGCGCUCCGGGCUCUGCUCCCUGCCUCCAGCUUGUGCUCCAGGAGACACGGAUCUAGCCCUGGGCCAGUCACUCCCUCACUAA